GAAAUAUGAUUGGCACAGGGUUACAGCUGCUCGAACGGUGAGACAUGGCGGAGUUUGUAGUCUGACUGAGAGCGCUCCUGGAGAGUUUCCACACUUUUCAACAUGACUAAAGAACUUGAUUUGACGCCGAGGUUGUUUCCGUAGCGCAGGCAAAGCGGGGCUUAAAGAGGCAGAGGCGUCAUUUUUCCGAAAAGGAUAGAGAGCGGCGGUUGGGAAAAUGUGUUGUCAUCUUCAUGCAGUCAACAGCCUUGGGCAACAAAUAUGGCUACUUCUUGUGUAUCCGUCAAUUCGGGUUGAAAACCGUCCUGACUGGGUCGAACGGGGUAGUUUCGCAGAGUCACGGCAGUAGCCCGAAGUUAAGUUGACUACCAGAAAGAUUAAAAGGCUGGGUUUGUCCCGAGCUGGUAAACAGCGGACGAGCGAAGCGGAGAGGAGAUGGAGCCCAAGCACAAAGAGUUGUUGGAGAAAUGUUACCAGAACUUGGUGGAGUCAAUAACAGAUGUGGACAGAGUUGUGGACGCGUUGGCUCACUGCGGGACCCUUAGCCAGCCAGAGCGCUACGAGCUGGAGCACAACUGCACCUCCAACUCCGAAAAAGUGGACCUUCUGCUGAAGCUACUAAUGAGUAAAGACGGGGACCAUUUCGCAGAGUUUUGCACUGCUCUGGAGACAACACACCCUCACCUGCAAUCUUUAUUGCUGGAUGGCAUUGGACCAGUGGAUCAUACGAGUGGGUCCACUUACAGCGUCUUGUCCACCAUGCCAUCGGACUCAGAAAGCAGCAGCUCUCUCAGCAGCUUAGGUACUCCUGCUCAAGCGUCCUCCCCUCCACCUGCCCACAUGGACAGCCACCAAGUGAAUGAGAAAAUGGAGACCAUUCUGUUAGAGUUGAGACAGGUGACGCGUGAAAGGGAUGAGCUACGCAAACGUCUCGCCCUCUCUUCACCUGGAACCACCUUUGAUGACUGCAGACCGAAUGCAAAAGCAGGUCAUGACUAUGAGCGUCUGAAGCUGCAGUGUAUGAAGGCAAUGGCAGACCUGCAAUCCCUGCAGAACCAGCAUAGCACCACCCUGAAGAGGUGCGAGGAGGCUGUGAAGAAAGCAGACUUCUACCAUACACUGCACAGCCGUCUGGUGAGCGAGCACACCCAGCUGAAAGAGGAGCUCGAGGUGCUGAGACAGGACAACAUCCAGCUGGUCAGGGAGCACAACCAUGUGAAACAGGCCUGCGAGGAGCUCAGGAGGCUGCAUGAUGAUGAUCAGAGGGAAGUAGCUGAUAUGAAGAUGCUACACCAGCAGGUAAUGAGAGAGGGCUCCUCUGAUGUCCUUAACAAGCUCUACGACACAGCUGUGGACAAGUUGGAGGCCGUGAAGAGUGACUAUGAGACUCUGAGGAAGCACUACAAUGACAAGUUGGCCAGUCACAAUGCCGAUUUGAGUCGUUUGGACCAGGCUGAGGAAGAGAACCACCGGCUGCAGAAGCAACUCGACAUGCUGCUGAAACAAAGAGAUGCUGCCAUCCACUAUCAGCAGCAAUACUCUUCUUCAAUAAGAAGGUUUGACAACACCCACCAAGAACUAUCCAAGGCCACAGCCCACAAUAAGGAGCUACAGCGAGAGAUGGAACGGCUGCAGUCUGAGGUGACGCGGCUCAAGACCCAGCAGCUCAAGGCGGCAAAGGACAGCGAGAAGUACAAGGAGGAGCGGGACUCUGUAAUCAGUGAAUAUCGCUUGAUCAUGAGUGAGCGGGAUCAGGUGAUCAAAGAGGUGGACAGGCUCCAGACGGGUCUGGAGAUGGCAGAGGCGAAGCUAAAGAGCACUUCGUCAGAGAGACGGGUGGCCAGUGAGGAGCUGGAGGCUCUCCGACAGGAGCUGGCCUCAGCGCUGGUGGACAGGGACCGAGCAAUCUGUGAAAAGAAUGAGCUGCUGGAGAAAUUCUGUCACGAGGUCAAGGACAAAGCUGAGGCCCAAAAGGAGCUGAACCAGGCCUGCAAAGACAUCGAAACAGUGCGUGAGGAAAGAGAUGUGGCCCGGAAGGAGAGGACAGAGGCCAUCAUCCAGAGGGACCAGCUGUUGCAAGAGUAUUACCAGGCCAGACAGGAACAGGACUCUGCCACCAUGAACAUGGAACGAGCCACCAAGGAGAUCGAGAUUCUGAGGAAGCAGUAUGAGGCCAUCUCGCAGGAGCUGAAGGAGGCCUUGCAGGAGGCUGAGGUCGCCAAGUGUCGGCGGGACUGGGCCUUCCAGGAGAGGGACAAGAUUGUAGCAGAAAGAGAGAGCAUUCGUACACUGUGUGACAACCUGAGACGAGAAAGGGAUAGAGCUGUGAGUGAUCUGGCAGACGCUCUGAGGAAUCUGGAUGACAUGAGAAAGCAGAAGAACGAUGCGACGCGGGAACUCAAAGAACUAAAAGAAAAGUUGGAAGAUGAGCUGGAAAAGGAAGCAAGAUAUCGUCAGCUGAUGGCCCACAGUUCACAUGAUUCAGCCAUAGACACUGACUCAAUGGAGUGGGAGACAGAAGUUGUAGAAUUUGAGAAGCACAGAGACAUGGAUUUGAAAGCACUUGGAUUUGAUAUUGCUGAAGGGGUAAAUGAUCCCUAUUUACCAGGGGACUGUGGUGUAUUUGUAACUAAGGUGGAUAAAGGAAGUAUUGCUGAGGGAAGAUUAAGGGUAAAUGACUGGUUGCUUAAAAUAAAUGACGUGGACCUGACCAAUAAAGACAGGAAGCAGGUGAUCAAAGCUGUGUUGAGUGGUGAGGGCAUGAUUAAUAUGGUGGUUCGUAGAAGAAAGUCACUAGGAGGACGGAUCAUCACUCCAAUCCAGAUAAACUUAGCUGGACACAAAGACAGUGGACUAGGUUUGGAAAGUGGAGUGUUUGUUGCCACUUUGGCUGCUGGCAGCCCAGCUGCUAAAGACUGCAAUCUCACUAUUGGUGACAGACUGUUAGCUAUCAAUGGAAUUGCGCUCGAUAACAAGUCGCUCUCUGAAUGUGAGUCUCUGCUGAGAAACUGCCGAAAUUCUCUCAGCCUCUCCCUCAUGAAGUUCUUUCCCCAAAGCUGUUCUGGCCAGAGUUUAUAUGAAACUUUGAGAGACUCUGAAAAGAACCCGCGACUCCAGUCCUGUGAGGGCCACACGAGAAACUGCAGAAACUCUAAGCACAAUUGUUCCACACAAACUGACAUUUGUAGCUGUGACUUUGGCAGCAGAGGGGAGGAAGCCUGCAAGGAUACCGGUGACUCCCUGAAUAGCAGCAGUGGCAGCACUCACUCCCACCACAAACCCUUUUCCAAUGGUUCCCCGCAUUCCCGUUCCUUUUCUGCCUCACAUAGUCCUUCGGAACCCCACCCAGAGUUCUGCUACCGGAGGCAGGACCUCCAGCAUCGGCCUUUUACCUUCACCCCUCUUCUGUCCGACUGCAGCUCACCACAGGCUGCUGUGGACCGAGUGCAGAGCUCGCCAGUCAAGCCCAGUGGAGGCACAUGGCCUAAAGUCAUAGUGGGAACUGUUUCAGAGUACACCCAACUGUCCAUCUAUAAGAAGCCCAAACAGAGGAAGUCUAUUUUUGACAUGAAUGCUUUCAGGAGACCUGAUGCAGCCCAAAAACUGGACUACAUGUCCCUGUCUCACUCACCGCAGAGCUCAGUGUCUGAAUCUGCUCAGACACCCCCCACCCCACCAGCAAGGAGCGACUCGUUUAGGUUCAAGCAUCGGCAGCAGAACAGCUCCGCGUCGGACUCCACCAUUACCACCGGCACACCACCGGCAUCCCCUGCCCAAGCUACGAAUCCUAAGGACAAGGGAGAGGUGGGAAACCAAUGCUAUUUCAAUGAUGGCCCUCCAGGAGAGGCCAAGGGCAGCUCCAAGAAACCUGCUGAGGAGGAAGAAGAGGAGGAGAACCGGUACAGGACAGAAGUGCAAGGAAAAAAGAGAUACCGGCCAAAAUCAGCACCAGCACUACGUCGAAAUGUGACUCCAUUGCACAUUCCUGUUCCCAUUCAGGUACAGAGUUUCUCUAACGAUGAACACUCCCCAGAGCCAGUGGACUUGUUACGUUUCUCUCCUAUACGAACCAAUCGGUACAGCGUACAAUAUGCACCCAAAAGCUACAGUAGCAUUGCAUCACACCCUGCACAACGAAGUUUUGCCCCUUGCCCUGCUGUGACGGCUGUCAUGAGGAACCCUGUCUACACAGCCUGGAGCCAUGAGGUCCAGGCCAACAACCCUCCUCCAGCUCCCAGCUCGAGCAGUCAUCCUCAUACACACACAAGCCCCCAGCAUCAAGGUCGCCUCAGUCUGGACCUCAGCCACAAGCGCACUGGAAACCCGACUGAGCGGAGCUGCAGCCAACCACCACACAGUACUAACUCCUUGCCCUGCAGCAACAGAAUGAGCACCUCUGGUACUCAAUUUAGAGCAGAACGGAUUAAGAUCCCUCCAAUUCGUUAUCCUCGCGCCACUGGAUCUGACAAAGGCUCACUUACACAUUCGGAGGGUAGCAGCCCAACACCUCCAAUGUCCCCUGUCAACCUGGACACGUCGUCUUUCACUAGCAGCCAAUCGCAGAGCUCCAUUUCCACCCAACCUAGGAUAUCAGUCAGCCCUGCUUCAAUUGGUGACAGGCGAAAGGAUGGGCCAUACCUGGGGGAGCCACGAAAUGUGACGGUACAGAAGGGAGCAGAACCGCUUGGUAUCUCCAUUGUGAGUGGAGAGAAUGGCGGAGUGUUUGUGUCCAAAGUGACAGCAGGUAGCAUUGCUCAUCAAGCUCGAUUAGAGUACGGAGAUCAACUUCUUGAGUUUAAUGGAAUCAACCUUCGCAAUGCCAAUGAGCAGCAGGCACGGCUGGUGAUCGGGCAGCAAUGUGACACGGUCACCAUUUUGGCUCAGUAUAAUCCACACAUGUUUCAGCUGGGGAAUCACUCUCGUUCAGGUUCUCGGAUGGAAUCCAUCAGCAACCAGCCGUCACCCCAUGACAGUGGAGCCACCACACCGGACAAUCACUCCACUGUAGAUUUACUGAGUGAGCAGGAUGAAGGCACGAUUACUCCUGCAUCCAAACAAACGACUCCUGCCACUAGUCCACACAUCUCCUCCAGGCUUCCUGGUUCAAAUCCACGCAGGGUUCCAGAGUAUCGGUUGGUGAGGCUGAAGAGGAUCCACAUGGAGCUGGGAGUUCAGAUCUGUGGAGGGAACCUUUAUGGCAUCUUUGUGGAGAGUUUAGAUGAUGACAGCCCUGCUAGGGGUCCUGAUGGUUUACUGCCUGGAGAUUUGAUGCUGGAGUACAAUGGUGUCAGCAUGAAGAACAAAACUAAAGAAGAUGCUUACCUGGAAUUGUUGAAACCAGCUGAAACGAUCACCUUCAAGGUCCAGAACUAUGCAGACAACCUUGAUGCAGUAAGAGAGAGUCCCGGAGAUGGAUUUUUCAUAAGAGCACUUUAUGAGAGAGUGGCAGAAAUGGAGCAGGAGCUAAGCUUUAAGAAAGAUGACAUCCUUUAUGUUGAAGACACACUACCAAAUGGUAAUUUUGGCUUCUGGAUGGCCUGGCAGCUUGAUGAGAGUGCACAGAAACUAGAGAGAGGACAGAUUCCAAGUAAAUACAUGAUGGACCAGGAAUUCUACAGAAGACACAGCAUGGCUGAUAUGAAGGAUGAAAACGGCACUAGCAGGACGCUGUCUGCUGCUGCUCGGAGGUCAUUCUUUCGCCGGAGGCUAAAGCACAAACGGAGUGGAUCCAAGGAUGGAAAAGACAUGACGGCUUUGGACGCCAUUAGCACAGAUUCUUUACCCAUCACAGAGGACGGCGUGAGCCUCAUGUACCAGCGGGUUCAGAAGGUGGAGUGCUCUUCGCCUCGUCCAGUGCUGAUCUUGGGUCCAUUAGUGGAGGCCUGUAAGGACAUGUUGGAGAAGGAGGCUCCUACCAAGUUCUGUCGCUGUUUGCCUGAAAUUAUGAAGGCAUCUCAGCAGGCAAUAGAGCGUGGAGUAAAGGAUUGUGUGUUCAUUGAUUACAAACGGAGGAGUGGGCAUUUUGACGUGACAACAGUCGCCUCAAUAAAAGAAAUCACAGAAAAGGACUGUCACUGCUUACUUGACAUUGCCCCUCACGCCAUUGAACGUCUUCACAUGGUUCACAUCUACCCAAUCAUCAUAUUCAUCCGCUACAAAAAUGCCAAGCAGAUAAAGGAGCAGAAGGACCCUUUGUACCUGCGGGAUAAACUGUCUCAGAAACAUUCCAGGGAGCAGUUUGAGGCAGCGCAGAAAAUAGAGCAGGACUACAGCCGCUUCUUCACAGGUAUUGUCCAGGGAGGCAGCGUCUCCUACAUUUGCACUCAGAUCAUGACCAUCGUGGAGCAGGAACAGAGUAAAGUACUGUGGAUUCCAGAUGGAGCCCCGUAAAAGUAUCUCCCCUUGUUCAUGUCACCCAGAAACAUUCCAGGAUGUAGCGAAGAUGUUCAAAUCCAGCAGUUCACAGCAGACUCGAUGGUUAACAUCCAAUACUUCUCACUUACAGCAAUAUCAGCACACAUGAUUUGCAAUAUUCCUACUACAGUAAUUAUGUAGUACAGAGACUUGUUUACACUAGUCUUCAAUACUUGAAUUGUGUAUUCCCUCAUAUUCAGUAGCACUCCUUUAAUCCCUUGAAUUGUCAGACCACAGGGACUCUGCAUCAACUCCAAACUGAAGAUGGACCACUGUGUUCCCUCCUUGAUAUUUAUGUCUUCUCUUGCCAUUUAAUUUAUCUAAUCAAGUCAAAGAUGUUGGUUAUGAUCCUUUGUUAUACAACUGUAGCUCUCUAGUGAAUAAUGUUCUUAUUUAUAGAGGAGAAAUUGCUUCCUUCACAUUAUGUCAGUCUUUAUUUGGAUCAUUUCACUCCUCUCAUAUAAUAUUGUGCCAAGCUAAAUAUAUUUAAUACAUCACACUUAUUAACACUGCAGUUUUCCUUGUAAAUCACGCAGCAGGUUUGCUAGUUUCUGCCAAUAUUCUUUGUCAGGUGGAUUUUUAUUUUUUUUGUUUUUAAAUUUACCGGUAAGAAGGGAUUUUUUUUUUUUUCCAUCUGUUGGCUAAACACAUGUACGUGUUCCUCCUUGAAUUUUCACGUCAAUCACGUUGAGAGCAUUUCAUCUGGAUGUCAGAUAAAACACUUUACGUCAGGCUUUCUCCAAAUGAAGGUUAUUGUUUCUAUAAAAUAUUAAACAUUCAAUUAAUGGAGUGCAAGUUGUCUGUGUUUUCUUUGCACAUCUGAAUGCUAACAUCAGCUCACAAAUAGCGGGCUGGUUAUUUGUCAAGAAAAACUGGACUCAAGUUGGACCUCAAUCAGUGCACAGUUUGUCCUCGAGGGGGAGUAAUUUACCACUAGACGAGAGAAAACAAGAUGUCCUGUUUAGUACUUUUCCUUACCAUGUUUUAUAACUGCCUAUAUAAAUACUCUUAUUCCAAUAUUUGGAAACUUUUUACAUUUUGGGUUUUCUAAGCCUUUAAUGCGUGAUGGCGU